AUGGCAACUAACACAUCAGACAUGGCUUCGGCUGAUUCCAAACCGUUCGACAUUGUCGCAACCUACAAUGAACUCCUCCGCUCCGAUGCCGACAUCACUAUGCCUAUCGCGGCCAUUGAAGCCCUGGUCCUACUACUCACACAUUCUGCCUCGUCCACGAUAUCAGAGACCCUGGACCUACUCGAAAAAUCCACCGCCCACCUGAAGCAAUCCAUCCCCAACCCUAUCGGUCUCUCUGCUGGAACCGAUCUCUUCCAACGAUACCUGAUUACCACACUACAGCGCCCUGGACAACUGGGUCCCGCAGGCGAUUUCAAAGCCAUCCGCACACAUCUUUUGUCGAAUGGACGUCUGUUCAUCCGACGCGCGAAGGAAAGCCGCGAUAAAAUCGCAGCAUUCGGCCGCGGCUUCAUUCGCGAUGGCAGCACUAUCCUCACAAACGGUGGCUCCCGAGCUGUCGCAGCUCUAUUGCAGAAGGCCGCGGAUGAGGAAGGUGGUCCGUCCGCUGUGCGAUUCCGUGUUAUCUACGUUCUAUCUUCCACCUCCCAAGAUUGCAGCCACCCGAAUGAAGAGCCAGAGGGUAUGGAAACAGUACGUGCUUUAAGAGCCAAGGGCGUCCCCGUCUCGACUAUUCCCGAGUCCGCGGUGGCAUAUUCUCUCGGCAAGGCAGAUAUGGUCAUCGUGGGUGCUGAAGGUGUGGUUGAAAAUGGAGGUAUUGUCUCUCGCAUGGGAACAUACCAAAUCGGUCUCCUCGCCAAGGCUAUUGGCAAGCCGUUCUAUGUGGUGGCUGAGAGUCACAAGUUCGUUCGCCUGUAUCCCCUUGGUCAGUAUGACCUGCCGAUUGAGCAGCACGUGCUCGAGUUCAAGUCCGAGGAGGACCUUGCAGAGGAGAGCAAGCAGCAGACAAAUGCACAAGCCACAAUCAAGCUACCCCUCUGCGAUUCGGUCGAUUUCACUCCGCCUCAUCUGAUCUCCGCCCUGAUCACAGAUAGCGGUGUGUUGACGCCCAGUGCUGUCAGUGAGGAGUUGAUCAAGAUCUGCCACCCCCGCUCUAUACCAGCUAUACUAUACGGAGUACGCCUUACCUUAGUCUACGCUCCCACAAACCGGAAAACUAUGGAUGCCCAACCAGCAGGCACCCAGUCUCGCCAGAAGCUCUACUCUGGACCCGAGACAGGAUCUGGGUAUCGGUCUACUCCCGAUGCCCACGGCCACAGUGGCUGGUCUAUCAGACGACUUCUGAGCCGCCGCGGGAGCCGCAGAUACAGUAUUUUGGAGCGAGAGCCGAAUCGACUACGAAAACGCAUGAGUCACUGA